UUGUUAUUUAGCUUUAGUUUUGGAAGUUGCUGUUAAAGGUUUUGUGAUGUUUUCCAAGUUCAGUAUUAGCAAAUUGCUGGCCAUUGACACUUGCUUAAGAGCGAAGCUUAGGAGAACCACAGCUGCUAAGGAGAAGGAACUUUCAAAUUGUGAGUCUAUUUCUCAAUUUUGAUCAUUAUUAAUUGAAUUCUGUGUUGUAUGAACUUGUUUGUUUGCUCAUCAAUCUGCUGUUUUCCUCCCCUUACAAUCAAUAAUUUCAUUUCUUUCACUUUUGGCUUUGAGGUUAUGUCUUAAGACCGUUUCAUUUCCUUUUUCUUGAUCUGUAUGUUUACAUGCUUCCUUCUUCUCUCUAUGUUUUUCCUGUUUUGUUUGCCAGAAUUUUCAUAACUUCAUUAUCUUUUCUCCGUUCUGUAUUUACGAAAGCAGGGUAGUUAAUUCAUAUUAUUGCAUUAUGUAUAAUGUUUUAAAAGCUAACAAAGCAGCUGCGUGCAGCUCAUUGAUACAAUAUACCUUUAAGCUGUUAGAUUUUUAUUUUUUUAGAGCCCCAACAAUGGUUCUGAUGGGCCUCAGAGUAGCAAUUCCAAGUGGAUUCCUAAUGAUGAGAAAAAUGCAUCUGGAAAUGGAAACAGUCAUGGAAAUCCGGAUCUCAAUGUUGGUGAUGUAAGCAGAAUGCCUUUCCUGCGUUUGUAUUUUCUUUUUAUAUUUUUGUUGCAUUUCAGUUGCUUAUUUGCAUGGCUGAUAGGAAACAACCUGAGAAUUUUUCUUGUGUUCUGUAAAUAUGGUUUGCCUUUUUCUUGAUUCAAUUUUGAACGGAUGAAUGCCUCAAUUGGCUUGGAGCAAAUUUAUCUAUCUAGCAUUGUAAUGCUGGCUA